CCGGCGGGGGGGAGCCGGAGCCCGCCCGGCGCCCGGACCCCGCAGAGUCCUCGGAGCCCACCCAUGGGGCACCCGCUUCGCGCGCUCCCUCGCCCGGCCGCGCCCAUCCCGGCGCACCGAGCCGCGCAGAGGAGGAUCCCUGCGCAGUGACCCAGGAAGCGCCGCAGACGCUAGGAAGCUCGGCGGCUGGGGCAGCAGGCGGUUCCCCGCACCUCCAGGCGCUUCCAGGCAGCCCUCCGAGCUGUGCCAGAAGCCUGGCCCGCCAUUCCCAGCCCCGAGCCAUGAUGAAGACCUUGUCCAGUGGGAACUGCACGCUGAGCGUGCCUGCCAAGAACUCGUACCGCAUGGUGGUGCUGGGCGCCUCGAGGGUGGGCAAGAGCUCCAUCGUCUCUCGCUUCCUCAAUGGCCGCUUCGAGGACCAGUACACGCCCACCAUCGAGGACUUCCACCGCAAGGUCUACAACAUCCGCGGCGACAUGUACCAGCUCGACAUCCUGGAUACCUCCGGCAACCACCCUUUCCCUGCCAUGCGCAGGCUGUCCAUCCUCACAGGCGACGUCUUCAUCCUGGUGUUCAGCCUGGACAACCGGGAGUCCUUCGACGAGGUCAAGCGCCUUCAGAAACAGAUCCUGGAGGUCAAGUCCUGCCUGAAGAACAAGACCAAGGAGGCGGCGGAGCUGCCCAUGGUCAUCUGCGGCAACAAGAACGACCACGGCGAGCUAUGCCGCCAGGUGCCCAGCACCGAGGCCGAGCUGCUGGUGUCGGGCGACGAGAACUGCGCCUACUUCGAGGUGUCGGCCAAGAAGAACACCAACGUGGACGAGAUGUUCUACGUGCUCUUCAGCAUGGCCAAGCUGCCGCACGAGAUGAGCCCUGCCCUGCACCGCAAGAUCUCUGUGCAGUACGGCGACGCCUUCCACCCCAGGCCCUUCUGCAUGCGCCGCGUCAAGGAGAUGGACGCCUACGGCAUGGUCUCGCCCUUCGCCCGCCGCCCCAGCGUCAACAGCGACCUCAAGUACAUCAAGGCCAAGGUCCUUCGGGAGGGCCAGGCCCGCGAGAGGGACAAGUGCACCAUCCAGUGAGUGGGAGGGAUGCUGGGGUGGGGCUCGGGCAGUGCCUUAAGGGAAGUGGCCCAGACGCCCGCUGCCUGCAGCCCGACCUGACCCCAGCAGCAGUUUGUUCAGAGACCUUUGGCACCACCGGAGGCCCCAGGCACAACUCGUACCCCUUCUCCUGCCUUCUUGCCGCUUCCCUCUGAGUCCUCGCGUCCGUGGCUCCCGGUGCCAUGGGCUGCUCCGUGGGAGGACACAGCUCUGCAGGAAGGGAGAGAAAGUGGGAGUCAGCAGGACUCCCGCAGAGAGCCGGGUCGGAGCCUUCCAGACCUGCGGUAGGAAGGGAUGCCGAGGCCAGAGAGACCAGGAAUCCUGCCGCCAGCAGAACCCCCUGGAAUAAGCCGUAGUAUGAGACCAGCCCCUGAGAGAGGGCUGCUGGGAGAAGCCAGCUGUCUCCUGGUAUAACCCCACUUUAGGGGGCAGCUGAGAGAAGCCCUCCCCUCCUGCAGUGCCGGGUCUCAGGGUCAGCUGCUCCACCCCCAGUGCCCAGCCCCCCAGCAAGUUGGCCCCAGCUGCUCCAGCAUGGAGCCAGUGUUGUCCGGUGUUUGCAGGGGCCGGGCUGUGUGUCCAACCAUUCCGGCCUCCUCUCCCGAGCCCUCCGUCCGACGGUUGUACUCUGUGUCCUUGCAGCUGUUUCAUGUCGCGUAUCGCGGUAGAAAUGGAAAUCACUGUACUGUAAAGGCCUAGUGACCCCUCCUCGGCCAGGCCCCCGCCCAGUUCAGCUCUGCUGCCUGCGGGGCAGCUCCUCCCUGACUCCCAGAAAGGAUCCCGUGGCCUGCCUGCAACUAGACACUGACCUCCGUACCGAGCUCCAGUUUACAGACGCUGUAUAGGGGCAGGCAGGCCAGGGUGGCUUCUCCUUCCUGCCCAGGGCCCAGAGGGACAACAGACCCAGAGGAGGAAGUGACGUGCCCCAGGCCUCACCCCACCCUUAGCUAGUUCAGGGCAGAGUUUGUCCUAGAACCAGGCUGUCUGCUGUGCUCAUGCUCAUUCUUAAUCAUUUAUGAAGCACCUACUAGGUGCUGGGUCCACUGUGUGCUAGUAAACAAAGGGUAAGGGGUGCCUGUUCAUCCCAGCUCUGGCCUCUGCCCACCCCUGCUGCCCUGCAGCCUCUGCGCAUGCAGCAUUGAUGGUGAGGAGAAGAACUGGGAGCUUGGGAGCGAUCAGGCAGAGGAGCUCACAGUGGGGCCUUUCCUUGUGCUGGGGUUGGGCUGGGACUCAGGCCUGGUGGGUGUCGAACCUGGAAACCAAAGGCCCUGUUAUUAAAUAGCUCUUAACUAGUAGAUUUUAUAUGUUAAUCUCCUUCAGAACAUUGAAGUUUAGGGCCACAGGGACCGUGGUGAUCAUCUGGUGAAUCCUUCUGAGUCCCAGAGAGGGUAAGUAACUUGCCCUAAGCCACAGAGCAAGCCUGAGUGGCAGGAGCAGGGCUAGUUCUGGGCCCUCAGUCCCCACCUCGGCGUGCCCCUUCCGAUGCUUUUUCAGCCCUGGGGCUUUCAGGGAUCUGGGCGUCUAUCUCAGUGCCCUCCUAGAUCGGUCUGUGAGGGCUCCUGUAGAUACUGUGUACACGCGCCCCUAUAGACAUGUACACACACAUGCGAACACACACAUGGACACGUGCUCCGGCCCCAGCUCUGCACACCCGUGCCUGCAGCCCAGCCCGGCCCCUGCCUGUGUCUGUGCCUCCACCCCUGCCACUCACGGCAGCUUCUCCGCCCCGUGUCUGUCCUUCCUCAUCCCAGCGUGAACUCUCUAAGCAGACCGGUACCCAGCCCCGACGGGUGUGUGGCCUGUCCUCAGCCUGUCUUGCCCCUCUGCCCUGGAUCUCUGUGUAUACUAUCGAUUAAAGUGGGUUUGUUACAAAGCUG